AAAAGGGGAAUUCUGAGAAGAAAGUACUAGAAGUGUGUCGUACGCUUUUCUUUAUUAUCUUUGCCUGCUCCCAAACACCCCAAAACAAGAGUCACACUUGGGCUAGCGCUGCUUUUGUUCUAGGGUUUUACGGUUUCUUUCUAUUUCCAGGAAAAUAUGAGUCGUCAUCCCGAGGUGAAGUGGGCCCAGAGGGUGGACAAGUUAUUUAUUACAGUACUAUUGCCUGAUGCAAAAGAUGCCAAGGUUAAUCUUGAACCAGAUGGAGUCUUUACCUUCUCUGCUAGUGCUGGUGCAGAAAACCACCUUUAUGAACUGAAAUUGGAUCUUUAUGAUAAGGUCAAUGUGGAGGAAAGCAAAAUAAAUAUUGGAGUCAGGAGUAUAUUCUGUAUCUUGGAGAAGUCAGAGAAAGCAUGGUGGAAGAAGCUUUUGCGCGGAGAUAGCAAGACACCACAUUAUGUCAAAGUAGAUUGGGAUAAAUGGGUGGAUGAGGAUGAGGAUAAUGGUGGAGGUGUUGGUGACUUGGAUUUGGGAGGAAUGGAUUUUUCGAAAUUUGGUGACAUGGGUGGCAUGGGUGGCUUGGGUGGCAUGGGUGGCAUGGGUGGCAUGGGUGGCAUGGGUGGCAUGGGUGGCAUGGGUGGCUUGGGUGGCAUGGGUGGCAUGGGUGGCUUGGGUGAUGAUGCAAUGGGUGAAGACUUCGAUGAUAGUGAUGAUGAUGAGCAAGAAGUAUCGAAGCCAGGCCAAGAAGAAGCUCAUAAGGAUGCAGGUGAACAAGAGCAUGGAGUCGGUGAAGGCGGUGGUGCAUCGGAAGAGAAAGGCAAAUAAGUUGAUGUUGGAAUAAAACACUAAUUAAUGUUGAGUUGCUGGGUGUUUUUAAUUUCUUCUUCUUUUUCUUCGCAUUUAGCGACUGGUGUAUCGGUUUUUCUAACCUCUUGAGGUUCAAUAUUGCAUGAUUUAUUCAUGUUGGGUUGAGACUAUGAUUUAUGGGUUAUAUAGACUUGCAAUAUUUCCUGUUGUA